AUGCUCAGUGGAGUCGAGCACAUUCACUCCAAGAAGUUCAUCCACAGAGACCUGAAGCCCAGCAACAUCAUGUUUGGACUGGAUGGAAAAGUAAAGAUUGGAGACUUCGGCCUUGUAGCAGUUGAGCAUGCUGAUGAUGAGGAUCAGAGGGAGAGAAGUCCCUCCAUUGGAACUAAAUCUUACAUGGCUCCAGAGCAGGUAGCAAUCUCUAAAGUGCAGGAUGAUUUUUCUUUCAUGUACACAUCAGUCUCUUGA